AUGUUCCAGGCUGGUAGUGGACGUGGUGGGCGUGCACGUCGCGGGGCGCGUGGUGGACGCCGCGGGCGCCGUGGACGCCCAGGCGCUGCGGGCGGUGGGCGCGUGGGAGCCCUCGGGGCGGGGCGGGCUCGUGGCCGCCCGGGAGGAGUACGCCAUGGCCUUCCCGGAGGAGCGGGACGGCGAGGGCCGCUGGGUGGUGCCGGGCUGCGCGCGCGCGGGGCCCGCGGCCGCGGGCGCUCGCGGCGAGGGGGGCGUGGAUCGUACCUGCCCCCGCAGCUCCCGGGGCUGCCGUUCAACCCGUUCAAGGCCCUGCUCGUGCCGAGGCCCAUCGCCUGGGUCUCGACGCGGGGGGACGGGGGGGACAACCUGUCCCCGUACUCGUUCUUCGGGCACCUCGCCCCCGACGUCGUCUUCUUCGGCGCCGGCGGCGCGCACGCCGACGGAGGCGAGAAGGACGCGCUGCGCGACGCGCGGAGCUCGGGCGUGUUCUGCGUGAACGCGGUGCCCUGGGAGCUGCGGCUCGCGAUGAGCGCCUCGGCCGCCGAGGCGCCCCGGGGCGAGGACGAGUUCGAGCUGGCGGCGGCGCCCGGGUGCCUCGCGGGCGCGGCCCGGCCGCGGAAGGGCGCCUGCGCCCGCAUCGACGCCCCGUGCGUGGCCAACGCGCCGCUGCGGCUCGAGUGCCGGGUGCUUGCCCUCGUGGCGAUGGCCGAGGCGCUCGACGUGGCCGUCGUCGGCCAGGUGCUCCACGUGGCCGGCGAGGGGCUCGGCGGCGCAGCCUCGGGGGUGGCCGCGCGGGGCGGGUACCACAACUACUUCCGCGUCGCCGCGGAGCACACGCUGGACCCCUUUGACGCAGCGGCUGCAUGGUGA